AUAAAAGAGAUUUCGUACAGUAGUCGUCCCUGCCCUGCCCUGCCUGCCUGCCUGCUUGCUUCAUCAAUCUUUGUUGAAGAACAGUUGGAGACCUACCUUUGAAUCCAUUGCCGGAUCACGACGAUCUCCAGCCCUUUCAGCUUCUUACUGCGGAUCAACCGCCAUAGCCAUCCUCUGAAGCUUCUUGACGACGACGGAAGAAAAUGAGCAAGGAGGAAGAAGCUGGGAAGAGCAGAGGCGUCGCGGGGGAGUACCCGCCCCAGUACGGCACUUUCCAGGGUGUCGCCAAUUACCCCCCGCCGUCCCACCCUCAUCCUCCUCCUCCUCAUCCGCCGCCCGCUGUGGGUUUCCCCCAGCCCGCCCCCCCUCCGGGUGCCGCCGAGCCCUCCGCCCCUCCUCCGCCCCCGCCUUAUGGCUAUCAGGCUGUCCCAGGGUAUGCGGUUGCUGAAGGAACGCCGGUGAGACAGCGGCGAUUGCCGUGCUGCGGAAUUGGUUGUGGUUGGUGCCUGUUUAUCAUCGGCUUCUUCCUCGGUGCCAUCCCAUGGUAUAUUGGGCUACUUGUUCUAGUCUGCGGACGAGGCCGAAUGGAUCCCAGAGAGAAGCCCGGCUACAUUGCCUGUACCAUUGCUGCAAUUGUUGCCACAAUUGCGAUAAUUGUCGGGGCAACAUCCCCUCGUUGGUAGCCUCAUUUUCCAAAGGCUGCAUUAGCUUCUGAUGAGUCUGUUGAAGCGGUAUCUACUAUGAACCGGAGCUUUCCAAUACACAAAGGAGAAGAUUAUGGACUUGGUGAGGAGAAGGGAGAUCUAGAGGUACAUAUUUUGUGUAGUAGUGUAAUCUGUUUGUUGUGAAACCAAAUAAAAGUUCAGUUACAUCUUGGAUUACUUGUAUCGCGCCGAUGUUGCGACUCGUGGUGGUAAUGGAGCUGGGCAAUGUCUGUUUCUCUUUUAAUAGAAGAUCGGGAAUUCAUGCGCUCCAGCAGUUUGUUUAUUAUCUUCUUUUUCAAUAAAAGAUCAAGGAUUGCUGGUGUA